AUGUCUAAUAAAAAGAUUGACCGAUCAAUGAUUGAUAAAAAUCUAAUUCGAACAAAUAGUGAUUUAACUAAUAAUACAAAAUCAAAUAAUAUCAAAGAUAAAAUGAAUAUAAAAAUUCAUGAAAUGAAUCCAUCACCUGGAAAUAUUCUUCUUCCAUCAACAAUUGGAAUUCCAUCAAGAAAUGAUAGGUCAGAAAGUCGUUUACGUGAUCCUCGUAUUCUUUGGGCACCAGCUAUAAGUAUUAGUGGUAAAAUUGAUCAACCAUUAAUAACACUACAAUAUCAAAAGAAACAACAACGUAUUGCAGAAAAAAUUGAACAAAUUAAAUUAAAUCCUAAGAUUGCAACAAAUAAUGAUUUAAGUCAUUUAACAAGAUUAGGUAAUGAUAAAACAAGAUUACCUAUAUCAUUUCUUCCGCAUAAAAUUAUUCCAUCAAAAAGACCUUUAUCAAUAACACAGAGAAGACCUGGUCCAACAAGUUAUCAACGAUAUAAAGGUUACAAUCAAAUAGGUGAAGAAUAUAUAUAUACUCAACAACCUCGUAUUCGUAUUCAUCCAUUAAUUGGACCAAGAUUAAAACGUGAACGACAUCAUAUUGAUAUUAAUAAUAAAAUAUUAUUGGAAAAGAAAAAUAAUUUUCAAAAUAUAAAACCAUUUUGGACAACAAUCGGUACUCGAACAUAUAAUUCACGUUUACCAAACGCUCCAAUUUCUACCAUUCAUCAUCGAUUUGAUAUGAUAUGUAUCUAUGAAAUUUUUAUUUUAACGAUUAUUAAAUUCGGGGUGUUUUUUUUAGUCGAUACAGAAGAUAAAAAAAAUAAAUUACAAGAAAUGACUAUACCUGGACCAGCUAUGUAUCCAAUAAUCCAUACUAAUAAUGAAAUAAUAAAACGAAAUAUAUGUGGUGGUGUUCAAGGUAUAACUAUAGCACCAAAAUAUCGUGAAAAACGUUUAGAAUUAUCUGGUCCUGGACCAGCAAUGAUUGAACGAGAAUUAUUAGAUAAAGGAUAUAAAAAUAUUCUAAAAACAUCACCAGCCUUUACAAUGUCUUCGCGUUGGUCUCCUUAUUCACAUACAUAUAUGGAUGAAUUUGGUAGUAAUAUAUGCAAUAAUCGAAUUCAUCUUCAUAAACAACAAGAUAAAUCUUCAAUUUAUUGUUCAUCAUGUUCAACAUAUUUGGAUGGAAAAAAAUCAACUUCUAUUAUACAAUUAGAAUUACCAUCAUUAACACAAAUAACUGGUAUAAUUGUUCGAAAUUCUAAUCAAUAUCAAGAAAAUAAUUCGAAAAUAGAUUCAUAUUUUAUUGAAUAUCGACGAACACAAGAUGGUCCUUGGCAUUCUUAUGGAAAACGUCGACAGCGAAAAUUGAUUAUCGAACGACGUCGUUUAUUUUUUAAUGAUCUUGAUCAUUCAAAUAAAACACGUACAUUUCUUCCAUCGAUUAUUGCGCGACAAAUUCGAAUUAUUUUCGGAACAUCAUCCGUAUCAAUAUGUACAAUCAUUCAAGUCUAUGGUUGCCAAUCUCAAAAUGGUCUCAUAUCAACACGUUUUCCUCAACGAUCAAUUAUUAAUACUGAUUUAAAAUAUGAUGGAUUAAUUGUAAAUUCAACUGCUCGAGGUGGUUUAGGUAUGUUAACUGAUGGUGAUAUAAAUCAAUUUAUUCAUUGGUCUCCAUCAUCAGAACCAAUAUUACUUCUAUUUGCAUUUGAUAAAAUAAAAGAAUUUCAAUCAAUUAAUCUUGAUAUAAAAUGUUCUUUAUGGUUAUCAUCAAGUUGUACAUUAAAAAUAAAUGUUGGUAUAUUAGAAAUUGUUACAUCAAAUCAUCUUUGGACAAAUCGUUUUCAUACAAUAUCAAUACAAAAUAAUCUAUAUUAUAAUAAUCAUACAACAAUAACACAUCUUAUAUUAUCUAUACCGAAAACAAAAGGUCAAUUUGUAAUUAUACAAAUAAAUACAAAAGAAAGUUUAGCAAUUAGUGAAAUAACAUUUAAUAAUCAAAAUGAAUAUGAUGAACAAGAUAUAAUACCAUCAUCAAUUUAUAUUGAAACUAAUCUACAUCGAUUAGAAUUCUUAGCAUUGAAUUCUAUAUCAAAUGAUAUAAUACUUCAUCAUAAAUUAUCAUAUUUAUUAAUAUUUAUGUUAAUCAUUUGUGUUCUACUUCUAAUGUUUUUACUUAUUUCAUUUAUGUUUAAAGAAAAAAAAAUUAAUCAUAUACAAAUUAUACCUGAAGAAAGUUUAACAAUGUCAAUAACAAAUACAACAAAUGAUGAAAAUAUUCAAGAUCGUUCACAAUCAGAUCUCUAUUUUAAUCUUGAAAAUAAUGAUGAUGAUGAAUUAAAUUUAAAUUCUUUACGACCUAUUAAUUCACAAAAAAUUGUUAAUGAAAGUGCUAAAGCAACUAUACGUACAUUGCCUUCACAUCGACGAUCAAUGACACCAAGACGUUCUGUAUCGAAUAUUCAUUCUGUUUGUGAUCAUUUACCUGAAAUUGAUCGUAGUGAAAUAAUAAUUAUUCAAAAUCUUGGUGCUCAAAAUAAUCAUCAAUGUUUUUAUAGUGAAUAUGGUCAAAAUAAAUUAUCUGUUAUUCUAUAUGAACGAGAUAAUAAUGAAUUUUUUAAUUUAUCAAAAUUAAUAGAUCAUAAAAAUGUUAUUUCUUGUCUUGGCUAUGUUUAUAUAUCACCUGAACGAUGUCUUCUAGUCAGUGAAUAUAGUCAAGUAAAUUUAUUUGAAUAUUGUCAAAAAAUGUCGAUUGAAAAUGAAAAUACUUUAAUAAUUCUUAUGGAAUUUCUCAAUGAUAUUCUAUCAGCUUUAAUUCAUCUUGAAUCAUUAAAUAUAAUUGUACGUGAUUUAACAUUACCUAAUUGUCUUUUAUUUGAUAAUAAAACAAUAAAAUUAUCUGAUUAUGCUAAAUACGAUGAUCGUUAUGUAUCAAGAUAUGUUCAACAAAUGCCUAUUCGAUGGUUACCUGGUGAUAUUGUUACAGGAGAUGAAAUUUGGUCUAUUCAAACAAAUACAUUUAUGUUUGGUACUCUUGUUUUUGAAUUAUUUCAUUUGGGCUCAUGUAUUCCCUAUAGUAAUUUAAAUAAUGAUGAAGUUUUACAAUUUUUUCAUGAUUUAUGGCCAAAUUCAAAACAAAAUGGUAUUGAACCAUCUGUUCUAUGUUUUUCAACAUAUUUUCCACGUCCAACAUUAUGUAAUGAUCGUCUUUAUGCAUUUAUUGAACGUUGUCUUUCAUGGUCAAGUCUAGACCGACCAUCAUUUCGAGAAAUAAGUCUCUAUUUAAACGAGACAACAACAACAACAACGGCUGUGCUACCUCAGUGA